AUGUCGCUCACCGCCAUCCGCUCACCCGCACUCCGCCAGCUCGCAGCCCGCUCCUUCCACUCGGGACGACCACUCGCCGCAGCACAGAGCAGCGCAGCAAAGCCCUAUGUCGAGGGCACCGUCAAUGACCCUACGCCGUUCCCGACGCCCAACAAGGCCCACGGCCAGUACCACUGGACCUUUGAGCGCCUCUUGAGCGCCUCCCUCGUCCCCCUCAUCGGCGCCACCGCCGUCUCGUCCGCCAACCCCGUCCUCGACGGUGUCCUCUGCACGGCCAUCGUCGCCCACUCGCACAUGGGCUUCGACCAGAUCCUGACCGACUACCUGCACCCGCGCAAGUUCCCCGUCCUCGGACCGAUCAUGUCCUGGCUCCUCCGCUUCGCGACCGUCGGAGCACUCGUCGGCGUCUACCAGUUCGAGACGAACGACAUCGGCAUCACCGAGUUGAUCAAGAGGGCAUGGAAGGCGGAGAAGGAGCAGGAGUAA